CCUUCUCCUCCUCCUCCUCUCAGGCUGUGGUUUUUCUGUAUAUGUUUCUGGAGUCCUGAGCCUGAGCUAAACAAAAGCAGGAGGCUGACGGGGCUGCUGGAGUUUGCAGAGACACGGAGGAGGAGAGAGCCUGUGCUCUGCCUGCCGCCGCGGCUGGGGGAGAUCUGGCUUUUGCAACAGCCCACCCCCUUUGAGAUCACUCUGGCCCGGAGUGGGGGUGGGGGGCAGCGGGGGGUGGGGGGGAAAGUUUGCAUUGCAAUCCCCCUGCCUUCCUCUCCUUUCUCCCGAUCAAUGCAUAUUUGCAAAAGGAUUAAGCCACAGAUUUAAGCGCCGGGAGCCCAUUUCUGCCUUGCAAAGGAGACGGGACUGAAAAACCAAAAGCCAGCUCUGAUUUCUUUUCGUCAAGUGGGAAGGUGGUUUAUUUUUCUUGCUUUUUGGAGUCAACACCCUUCCCCACCAGCCCUUAUCCCCACCCUCACCCCGCAACCCCUUCACGCCCCCCUCCCCCUCCCCACUCCCCAUCCUCCCACCAUCCUCUGAAGAGGCAAAGGGAUUUUUUUUUCUUUUGGUCUUCUUUUUUCCCCCCUUCCCUGUUUAUCCUGAAAAGGAUUUGAAGACAGCUUGAAGGAUAAAAAGCCUUGGUGCUUCCCAGGAGCCGAGCCGAGGAGCAGAAGAGGAAGAGCCGGGGGCUGCCGUUGCCUUUGGAGAUGGACGAGCAGCCCAGGCUGAUGCAUUCCCAUGCUGGGGUCGGGAUGGCCGGACACCCCGGCCUGUCCCAGCACUUGCAGGAUGGGGCCGCAGGGACCGAGGGGGAGGGCGGGAGGAAGCAGGACAUUGGAGACAUUUUACAGCAAAUUAUGACCAUCACAGACCAGAGUUUGGAUGAGGCGCAGGCCAGAAAACAUGCUUUAAACUGCCACAGAAUGAAGCCUGCCUUGUUCAAUGUCUUGUGUGAAAUCAAAGAAAAAACAGUUUUGAGUAUCCGGGGAGCCCAGGAAGAGGAGCCAACAGACCCCCAGCUGAUGCGACUGGACAACAUGCUGUUAGCAGAGGGGGUGGCGGGGCCGGAGAAGGGCGGCGGCUCGGCUGCGGCAGCGGCGGCAGCGGCAGCUUCUGGAGGGGCAGGUUCAGACAACUCAGUGGAGCAUUCCGAUUACAGAGCCAAACUCUCACAGAUCAGACAAAUCUACCACACGGAACUGGAGAAAUACGAGCAGGCUUGCAAUGAGUUCACCACCCACGUGAUGAAUCUCCUGCGAGAGCAAAGCCGGACCAGGCCCAUCUCCCCGAAGGAGAUCGAGCGGAUGGUCAGUAUCAUCCACCGCAAGUUCAGCUCCAUCCAGAUGCAGCUCAAGCAGAGCACGUGUGAGGCCGUCAUGAUCCUGCGCUCCCGGUUUCUGGAUGCGCGGCGGAAGAGACGGAAUUUCAACAAGCAAGCGACGGAAAUCCUGAAUGAAUAUUUCUAUUCCCAUCUCAGCAACCCUUACCCCAGUGAGGAAGCCAAAGAGGAGUUAGCCAAGAAGUGUGGCAUCACAGUGUCCCAGGUAUCAAACUGGUUUGGAAAUAAGCGAAUCCGGUACAAGAAGAACAUAGGUAAAUUUCAAGAGGAAGCCAAUAUUUAUGCUGCCAAAACAGCUGUCACUGCUACCAAUGUGUCAGCUCAUGGAAGCCAAGCUAACUCACCCUCAACUCCCAACUCAGCUGGUUCUUCCAGUUCUUUUAACAUGUCAAACUCUGGAGAUUUGUUCAUGAGCGUGCAGUCACUCAAUGGGGAUUCUUACCAAGGGGCCCAGGUUGGAGCCAACGUGCAAUCACAGGUGGAUACCCUUCGCCAUGUUAUCAGCCAGACAGGAGGAUACAGUGACGGACUCGCAGCCAGUCAGAUGUACAGUCCACAGGGCAUCAGUGCUAAUGGAGGUUGGCAGGAUGCUACUACCCCUUCAUCAGUGACCUCCCCUACAGAAGGCCCUGGCAGUGUUCACUCUGAUACCUCCAACUGAUCUCCCAGCAAUCGCAUCCCGGCUGACCCUGUGCCCCAGUCGGGGCAGGGCCAGGAGGGAGGGUUUCUCUCCCAACGCUGAAGCGGUCAGACUGGAGGUCGAAGCAAUCAGCAAACACAAUAAGAGUCUCCUUCUCUUCUCUUCCUUGGGAUGCUAUUUCAGCCAAUCUGGACACUUCUUUAUACUCUCUUCCCUUUUUUUUCUGGGUAGAAGCCACCCUUCCCUGCCUCCAGCUGUCAGCCUGGUGUCUGUCAACUUCCCUGCCCCUGUCCCUCUGUCCUAGACUCCCUGGGUCCCUGCCCUCUAUUACAUCACUGAAGGAUAUUUUCAACAAUUAGAGGAAUCUAAAGAGAAAAAAAAAUACAAAGAAAAUAAUAAAAGUGUUUGUAUGUUUUCAUGCUGGUGGUUUGAGGAGCCAAAUUUACCUCACUCGGAUCCCUCGCUCCCUUUGUUAACAGGCAAUCCUUCUCUGUUUCUCUUGUUACUCUCACUACCUCUUAGCAGGAAUACGCCACAUUGCCCUACUCAUUCCAGGCCUCCCUGCCUCGUCUUGCUCUUCCCUCCAUGGGAACAAUCCUGAUUAGAACACUUUCCUCCUCUUCCUUCCCAGCCCCAGGUAUUCACUGGGGACGGCCAUAGCUGGGCUUCUAAAGGUGCCACAUUCUCCACUUUCAGCUCCACUAGGUUGAUUCCCAGGCAGGAAGUCAGACAGCAGGAGAGAGCACAAGGAACAAGAAGGGCAGAAUUCUUCGAGGCUUUCUCAUCCUCCUUUAACAGCUCUUGGUUUCAGAGGCACAGUCUUUGGAGACCCUGCAACACUUAGUGAGCAAUGUUCAGAAGCUACUGCAAAACCAGGUCCGAGUUAGGCAUGGUGAUGAACGCAUCACUAAGGAGAAGAGGGUUCUUAUCCUGAAAGCCUUCACCUGCUCCUUCUCUCACACACACACACACACACACACACACACACACACACACACGCACAUGCAUAGUCUCAUACAUUCACUUUCGCAAGGUCAGUCACAUGCCACGUACAAAUACUUACGUUAGUAACCAUAGCAUUAUGCCUUGUGAGCCCAAGAGAGGGAAUUAGCAACUCUUAGUGAAGGUCACUGACACAGAGAAACAGUAUAUGCCUGGGGCCUCCAGGACUUGCAGGCCCCCCAGCAUGCACACCCGAGAAAGACAUACACAAGACUGGAUCAUGAUGAAGACCAGGUUUGCGGUGUAAACUAUUCCUGUUCCCACCACCUCUGGAGCUCUCAGGGAGCCACAUACAGAACUUACAAUGUCUGUAAUGGAUUUGGUUCUCUUUUGUUUUUGUUUUUGUAUUAGGGUCAUUGCAUUAAUUAUCCAAAGCGUUAUAUGGCACCACAUUCUUGUUCUAAAGGAGAGAGUUGUGUAAGAACAUGGCUCAAGCAGACUUUUUGCUAGCUUAAUUUGAAGACCUGAGAGUGAUGGGGAAAGGGGAGAUAAUGUUUUCAGUGACAUCAUCACAGUGAUUUUCAUUCCCUGGAAAUAUCUAAGAGAGAGGAGUAUAUAGUAGAAAGCUGUUCUCUAAUGUCACCUGAGCUUACAUUAUUCAUAGCCAACUGUCCCAGCAAUAAAGAUGGCAGCUCUGUCACUUGACUGUGUGGGAGGUGGUCAAAUCUCUUGGUGCCCCAUUUUCUUUGUAAAAUGGGGAUUAUUAUUCCUGGCUCAUAUGCAAUCUGUAAAUGUGAAAUCAGAGGAAGUAGUGUCCCUGAGAUAAACUGGUUCGUGCCACGUGGGGAUAAUAAAUGGUUUUCCUAUUCUAACUUCUGGUCACCAUCAGUACCGUGAUGUUAUCACCAUGAUGACAAAGAGAAGGGGUAUUGUUGUUGCUUUUUUUUCAUUUCUUUUGUUCUGUUUGGUUUCUUAGAAUAGAGAUAAGCUUCCAAACUAGAAACAUAGGACUUGGUUCUCUUAGUUUGUAUUUGAAUCCGAUAUGUGGCCUUGUAAGUACUUAGUCCCCUGUUAUAUCUACUCUGUUUGAGAGGUCUCUGGAAGAAGUAUAAGACCUUGAGGGGUGAGGAUGGCCAGCUAACAAGGUCAUGGAAAUUCUGCAUGGCACUACAGUAAUGAAUAGAAAAUGCUCCUG